CAUUAUAAGCGACUAAUCUCAUCACAGACUGAUAUCGUUGGUGAGACUACGAGAUGGAAUGUCCACAAUGUGAGCACUUUGCGACGGAGCAAAAUGCCAAGUUCUGUAGCCAAUGCGGCUUCAAGUUGCCCCAUCACUCAGGCCAGCCUCAGCAGAAUCCCUCUGUUCCUGUGGAAGCGGGGAGAGGUAGAUCUGCAUUUAAAGUGGAGGAAGAGACCAAAUCAUUGGUCACUCAGACAACACAUGCAUCUGAAAAGCUACCCAAUGAGAUGACCAAGGGAAACUCGAAGAAAAAGAAAAAAAGGAAGAAAAAGAAAAAGACGGCCAAAGAGAACAAAGUCCGUAUGUCUUCAGAGUCUGAUCAGCCAACCUCUGACCUGUCUGACAAGUCCCUGGCUGCUUGGCAGGGGAAACGGGGGCAGGGAAGGGCGUUGUUGUCUGAAAGUGAGAGUUCGAUUAGUGCCACAGAUGAUGCACCUGAUUCGUUGCAGGACCAGGGAAAAACCCUGGACGAGCCCUGUACAGGCUGCCCAUUGGACGAGAGCAAUGUCGGUGAGGCACGUUCCCCAUCACCAAUCAACCCUCCCACACCAGAGUCCUGCCCAGGGGAGAGCCAGCCUGCCUGUGAGCAGCCAGCCAAAAGCCUUCAAACAGAAAAGCCCUCAAACACCGAGGCUUUGACCGCCACUCCUGCUGCCCCCCGUCAGUCAGAGGGCGACCCCACUAACACCGCUGGAGCUCAGAACCUGGGAGGAGUCGGGCAGCAGACCGACAGCGAAAACGACAAGGGCAAGAAGGAUGCAGUGAACACACAACGGGCCUCUUCUGACCAGAACAGCAGUGUGGACCAGAACGCCAACGUGACUGAGCAAACCGAACCGAAAAAGCAACAGGUCCAGCAGAGCCAGGGAACUAAGCCAGGCCCUGCAGGCGACCAGAGCAUGGUCUUUGGUCCUCAGAAAAAAACAGAGCAGGAAAGAAAUAAGAAAAAGGCAACCAAAGAGAACAAAGGCCCUGCUGAUCAGCUGACCUCUGACCUGUCUGACAUGUCACUGGUUGACAGGAAGGGAAAAAACCGACAGGAAAAGGAGGAAUCAUCUGAGAGUGAGAUGCCUGGUUUAUUGCAGGACCAGGGUAAAACCUCGGAGGGGCCCCGAACAGGCUCGACCACCGAGGCUCUGAACACCACUCCUGCUGCCCCCCGUCAGUCAGAGGGCGACCCCGCUAACACCGCUGGAGCUCAGAACCUGGGAGGAGUCGGGCAGCAGACCGACAGCGAAAACGACAAGGGCAAGAAGGAUGCAGUGAACACACAACGGGCCUCUUCUGACCAGAACAGCAGUGUGGACCAGAACGCCAACGUGACCGAGCAAACCAAACCGAAAAAGCAGCAGGUCCGGCAGAGCCAGGGAACUAAGCCAGGCCCUGCAGGCGACCAGAGCAUGGUCUUUGGUCAACAGAAAAAGCCAGAGUCCAAACAGGCCUCCAGCCGAAUGUCCAGUGGAACCGACCCGAUGGUGGAGCAGGAGCAGCUGCAACAGUCUUCCAGCCCCAAAGAAGAGCCCUCCACAACCAGAGACAGCCAGGGAGAAGAGACUGACACUGACAAGAAGGAUGUCCCACCUCCCAAAAGAAUACCUCCAGCCAAUCAGCAGAUCCCGGCUAGUGACAGGCUCACCAUCUACUUCCACGCUGUGCUGUCCAAGGACUUUAAGUUCAACCCUAAAGAUGAUAGGAUUUUCCUGCGGGCUGGGGAGAGGAUUGGCAACUGGGAAUCUGACACUACUGAACUAACAGUGUCUCGGGAUCUGGGAGAGCAUGGAUUUUUUGUAGAAGGAAAACUUGUGACAACCAAAAAAAAUGCUUCGGUUUCUAUACCGUACAAAUAUGUUGUGUUUAAAGACAAGAAAUCAAAGUAUGUGUUUGAAUAUAUUUAUAAACUGGACUCAAAAGAAACAACCAACAGAUGUCUCUUUGUCAAGCCACAUUUGCUCAAUGAAGAAGGAGAAUGGCACCAAUACGAUGACAUCAUUUGCAUAGAGCCCGCCAAACAUAUUCUUUCCGGUGUUUUUUCACGCGUUUGGCCUGAUCAAAAGAAAAAUGUUGUUCAAGGACGGGAUAUCGCAGGACGGAUCAUGCUGGAAACUAUUUUUGACCUCCUCAGUUCCUGGAGUGAAAUUAACCUGAAGAGUUUCCUCACUCAGCUUAACCAGUUCCACCAGGUUUAUUCAGACCCAUUUGUGUUUGAGGACACCUACAAGAAAUGGAAGUCCUUAGAUUAUGGUGAAGAACAGGUGAACUCCCUGCUGAAGCAGGUGGUGCUGGAGCGUGUGACUCCACAGCUGGCUAAGGAGAGCAGUGAGAGGGGCGUCUUCAUCAAGGACCCGCUGAAGGCCGCGGUGAUCGUGCUCUACAUUUGGACCAAAUACAAAAUCAGGCUGGAUAACAGAGAACUGUCCCAGCUCUGCCGGGCGCUCUGCCUGCCGAAACUCCCCAAGGAUGACUUUGUAGUUUACUGGAGGGAUUUCGUCACAUCUUUUUCCCAUAUAAAGAACCUCUCUGAGCGGGUACGGGUGUUGGUUGAUCAGGUAAAGACAAAGGACAUGCCACACUGGGUCCCAGCUGUUCCUCUGCUUCACUUCCUGAGGGGGUUGUCUGCGCCCUUUGAACCAGUCUCGUGCGCCAUCAGCCCGACAUAUGACCUCUCCUGGGCAGGGCUUUGGGGGCUGAAAUCCAGCCAUGUGUCCAACUACAGCCAAGAUAGGAGGGCCAUAAUAAAUGUGAUGAAAGACCACAGGCACCUGUUUGAGGUGGAUGCACUGCUGUUUCGGUCGUGUAUGUGGGUCAUGACUGUGGAGGACUUGGUUGAGUGCAGUUGUAUUGCACAAGCCGGCUUGCUGGACCUCCUCCAGGCUUUCUAUCUGAAGGCUCCAGCAGAUGUGUCUUACAGUAACAUGCACGUGUCUGAUGUCCUCACAUAUAUUCACAAAAAUCUUGUUGAACAAGAGUACAGUUUUCAAGGUGAGGACUACGGAAGAGCUUGUCUGACAACAGCGAUAAAAAUAUUGGAUAAAAUCUGCAAAGGUGUUAAAUCAAGUUACAGGCAGGAAUUGGCCAAGAUCCCUGUGGCAUGUAUGAACAUGGUUGCCCUGGUUUCUGAAAUUUUCCUGUCCUGCCAGCCUCAGGAGAUGACGGAUGUCGACAGAACCAGGAUGGGAGCGAAGGACAGAGAGCUCCUGGAAACAGCCAUGGGCAUCUUGAGGAAGUGGGUGGGGCAAACCUUACGGAGCAGGCUGACUACCGGUGUCUUCAAUAUCAGCAUUGCGCCCGAAAUCGAGAUGUGGAACAACAUCAUUUCUCUCAGUUUUAAAAAUGAGGAAUUCACAAAGGAAUGGAGAGACUUGUUUACGACAGAUUUGGAAGGGAAAUUGAAUAUGGAGUCUCCAUUGAACCAAAUCGAGAUCUAUUGUUCCAGUAUUGAAGAAAUUGCGGAUUCCUAUCCCUGUGUUGCAAACAGUAUUGAGAAGUGUGCCCUCAAUGCAGUUACCUCCAUUUGCCAGUCCAAGGCAGAGGCAGAGGUUUUUGAUAAAUUCAAGAUAAAUUGGAAGUUUGGAAAGCUGGUAUCUGCUAUCAUUGAAAAGUCCUGGCCCAGAGAUUCUGUGGGGCAUUACCAAGAGGGGGAGGAAGCAAUCCUUCAGCACAUGCUCACCUGGACUGCUGCCAAGGAAAUCUUUCAAUUGCACGGUGCGGAUGAAAAGCUAAUGGACAAGCUCAGUAAGGAGGCCAAGGAGCGAUUGGCUGCAGCCACCUCAACCUUCAGCUGUAUCUCCCGCAAAGUCCUCGAGGGGGCUAUAGAGAUCCGGCUACUCAAUCACAUCCUGACCUACCAAAGGACCUUCAUUGAACUGCUGAAGAUAGACUGUCUGUCUAACUGCGAGGAGUGCAAGGACAGCUCGACCAUGAGAAGACUGCUGCAGUGGAGAAGGGACGAGUUGAAGGCCGUUUACCGUGAGAGGGAGCUGGUGGAGAGUGUGAUCACCAUGUCCCGCAAACUGCAGGAGCACAUCCAAGUCGCCAUGGGCGAUCUAGAGCAAACGGGGCAAAUUAAUAUUGAGGGGAUGACCCUCAACGAGUUCAUGGAUGUUCACCGGUGUGGCAGUAUCUCGUCCGACAUGGCUGGUGUGGUUACCUUCUUCCACCUCGACGAGAACACAGAAAAGAUGGCAAAAGUCCUGUGCUUGUUGAAGGGCAGCUUCAUUUUCAGCAUGUGCUGGGAUAAUCAGGCAAAGUACCUCUCUAGGAGAAACCACCUCAACGAUGAUGAAGAUGAAGAGGACCACAGUGAGGAUUUUGGUGAUGCAGAGGAGGAAAUUCAAGUGGUGGCUACACUACCAGUCAUAUACAGUGAUAUCUUUCAGCCGUCUCAAGAUGAAUAUCUGAAAAUCUACGCUGACCUGAAGAGUGGGACUCUCAAACUGGGGGAGGUGGACGUCAUCUUCAAGGAAUAUAAAGGCAGGUAUGAAGAGCUGAGGGAGGAGCUGGAGAUCAUGUGCCAGACUGACCCGUCUGAGGGCCGAAACUGGAUCCAGAGACGGGUGGGGCAGAUCGAACAGUACCACGAGAUCCACCUGGCCGUGGAGUCGGCACUGGUCAUACAAAAGGUCAAGCAGACGCUCUGCCUUCAGGGGGAUUUCAAGGUCCUGGAGAGGCUGCUUGAAGUUGCUGAUGUGAACUUUAAACAAGAGAACCUGGACCGCAUUGACAAUAACUUGAUGCAGGCCAAAAAGGACAUGGUGGACAUCACCGAACCUCGUCGUCUGUGCUUGCAGGAGCUCGGCGAGAGGAAAAACUUUGUCAUGUGGGUCAAAGAGGCCUUGGAAGAUAUCAAUGAGCUGAAGGUCUUUGUGGACCUGGCGUCGAUCUCGGCUGGAGAGAAUGACCUGGAUGUGGACCGCGUGGCCUGUUUCCAUGACGCUGUUUUAGGCUACUCCCCUAUGCUGUACGAGCUUAAGCCCAACUGUGGGUUUGACGUCUUUAAGGAGACACUGAAGAAGCUGUGGAGAGCACUUGACAAUGAUCACAACCUUCCAAAGAAGCUGCGAGACACCGCUCGCCACCUGGAGUGGUUGAAAACGGUUAAAGACAGUCAUGGUUCGGUGGAGCUGUCCUCUCUUUCCUUGGCUUCUGCAAUCAACAAGAAGGGCAUCUACAUUAUCAGCGCACAAAAACAGAAGUUGAGUCUGGAAACAGCCCUGAAGUUGAGGAUCCCGGAGGAGCAUGAGGAGGGGCAGGAGAUGCGCUGCUACUCGCUGGAUGAGCUACGGGAGUUGCAGAACAAGUUGAUGCUGAUGUCUGGGAAAGGGGAGCAGGGCCAGGGUGAGGUGGAGCACUUUGUGGAGGUCUUUGCCGGCAUCCAGAGACUCUCCAUGGCCUUUGUUGAACUGUACGCUGCUGGAAACCCACUGUUCCGUCACUGGGAGGCCAACUUCGACUGCAGUGCGGUCAAUGGAGAUGGCAUUGGAGGCAUCAUCAUGGACUUCAAUCUGAGCACUGCGGUGGGUGAGAUCAUGUUGGAGGGUGACAUGCUGGAAGAGCUGCUUGAACUGUGCAGGAAGAUGGAGAAGUGCUUGGAAUUCUGGGAGGCCUUUGUGAACCAGCAGAGAUCCCAACACUACUACCUCAACUACUACACUGCAGAGCAGAUAGUCUACCUGUGUGACAGGCUGACCCAGAAGAAAGUGAAGGAGCUGGAUGGCCAGACCCUAAUGAUGCUGUCCUUCAUCAAGCCCAACUGUGGGGUCUAUGAUCUGAGGCAGACAUGGCACAAGCUUCAGUAUGAGCUCCUCACCAUGACUCCUGAGCUAAACACAGAUAUUGAGUUUCAGACCUUUGUGGAGAACACUAACAGUUUGGAAAGGGAUCCAGCAUUUGAAGAGGAGGGUGUCGAUCUGCCGAGUCUUUUGGAGCAAGCCAGUGGCUCACAAAAGCUGGAUGCUGUGUGGAACGCCUAUAUGAGGGACAUGCAGAGCUUCCUCCCAGACUCCCUGGAUGUGUGCACCUUGGGGAGACUGUUGGAAAUAUUGGCUAACUUAGAGGAAGAGGAUGAAGAUGACGAGGAAGAGGGAUUUGUGUUAUCUGAUAGGAAGGAGAAGGGUGCCUUCCGUACCCUUCCAAAUGGUCUGAUCGAUAGCCGCCCAAACCUUGUCAUCUGCCCACGAGCUGAAGUCUUGAGGUCCUGCAUCAGUGUCUACAUGACCAGCGGGGAUGAGCCGCUGCCCACCUAUGACGAGGUGCUCCUGUGUACAGCUGCCACCCCCUACGAGCAGGUGGAGCUGUUCUUCAGGCGUUGUCUGACUGCUGGCUACGGAGGCAGGAAGAUCUACACCCUCCUUUACGCAGAGGACCUAGCCUAUGAGGCAAGCUACAGGGUGGAGCAGCUCUUCCAGAGGUUAGAGAAACAGUGCUUUAAGCCCUACAGGCUAGUGAUCAUCUGCAGCGCCGACCGGGAGCACGCCUAUAUCCCCUCUGCCUUCAGCCAGUACCGGCUGCACAUGGUCCCCCUGGAAUCCAUGGAGAGAAUCCAGAGCUACCUGUCCUGGCACUAUACCGUCCCUUCCGAACUUCCUACUGCUGCUGCCGUGUUCCGAGACAGGACGUUUGUCAGAGUUGUGACAUCCAAAAGAGCUGGAGUGGGUAAAUCCAUGUACAUUAAGAGGCUGUACGAAGGACUGAGGAAAGACACCAAGAGGCCCUCUCUUCUGAAAUGCAUUCGUUUGAUUGAGCCAAGUGUUGAUGAAAAUGUUGUUCUGCGGUCCUUGCUCAGUGGUCUCCAUGAGGAACUCACAAUCUUCCAUUUUGACGUCACGUCAUCUGUGCGGAAAGGUCUGCAUGAAUUUCUCUUCAAAUUGCUGGUGUUGCGCUACCUGAUGGAUUCCGAAGGUCACAUGUGGAAAUGCAGCAACACGCAUUUGUAUGCCAUUGAAAUCUUGCAGUCCAUGGAAAAUGUCUCCAGAACUGGAAACAGAGCUCAUUCACACGUUCAGUUCACCUUUCUAGAUGUCUUUCCAAGAGUAUUUUGCCGCCCCCCAAAAGAGGUCCUUGAAUUGGAAAUGCAGAUCAGAGAUGGCCCUUCCAAGGUGUAUGAAGACCCACUUAUGGAUGACCAGGAGUUUAGAAGUGAAGCCUACCAAAGACCGUACCAGUACCUAACAAGAUCCUACAAUGGCACCAGUCUGGACAAUUUCAAGUACAAUGGUGUUGAGGGGACUCAUAUGCAGUGCUUGCAGAUGCUUUUUGUGUACUGUGGCAUUAUGGAUCCUUCAUGGGCAGAGCUAAGGAAUUUUGUCUGGUUCCUCAACCUGCAGCUGCGAGACUGUGAGACAUCUGUUUUCUGCCAAAUGGAUUUUGUUGGGGACACACUGCAUGGUUUCAAGAACUUUGUGGUGGACUUCAUGAUUCUGAUGGCUAAGGAUUUUGCCACACCCUCCCUCAGCAUCUCUGACCAGAGCCCAGGGAGGCAACAGGUGGACCUGGCUGGGGCCACUGAAGCUGACCUGGCCCCCUUCCGUCUCAGGAAGCGGUGGGAAUCUGAGCCGCACCCAUACAUUUUCUUCAAUGAUGACCAUGUAUCCAUGACUUUUAUUGGCUUCCACCUGAAGGUGAAUCAGCAGAACGGUGUUGAUGCCAUCGAUCCCUUAAGGAAGACUGUGAUCAAGCAAAACGUCAUGAGCCAGGAGCUGUAUGAGGGACUCAAGCUGCAGAAGGUCCCCUUCAACAUUGACUUUGACCAACUCCCAAGGGGUGAGAAGAUUGAGCGCCUCUGCAAUGUUCUUGGCAUUCAAUGGCCUUUUGAUCCUGAUGAAACCUAUGAGCUAACAACUGACAACAUGCUUAAGAUGCUGGCGAUCCACAUGCGAUUUCGUUGUGGCAUCCCUGUCAUCAUCAUGGGGGAGACUGGCUGUGGGAAAACCAGGCUCGUCAAGUUUCUGUGCGAAAUGCGGAGGAGCGGGGUCCCCACAGAAAACAUGAAACUUGUCAAAGUCCAUGGCGGGACCACCUCAGACAUGAUCUACACCAAAGUCAGGGAGGCUGAUGAUAUAGCCUUGUCUAACAAGCAGGAAUAUGGCUUUGAUUCUAUCCUCUUCUUUGACGAGGCCAACACCACAGAGGCUGUGAGCAGCAUCAAGGAAGUCCUCUGCGAUGGCACUGUGAAAGGAGAACCCUUUACCCAUAACACUGGGCUGCAGAUAAUCGCUGCUUGCAAUCCGUACAGGAAGCACUCGGACAAGAUGAUCGAAAGGCUGGAGUCUGCUGGAUUGGGGUACAAAGUUAGAGCCGAAAAAACUGAUGACAAACUGGGAUCCAUUCCCCUUCGCCAGCUGGUGUACAGAGUCCAGGCCCUACCUCCGAGUAUGAUCCCACUGGUGUGGGAUUUUGGGCAGCUCAACGACUGCACAGAAAAACUGUACAUCCAACAAAUAGUCCAAAGGAUGGUGGAGAUGAAUGCAAUCAGCACACGGUACAUUCAGAUGAUUACCAACGUCUUGUCCUCCUCGCAAGAAUACAUGAGGACAAGAAAGGAUGAAUGUAGCUUUGUGAGUCUGCGAGACGUGGAACGCUGCAUGCAAGUUUUUGUUUGGUUCUACAAAAACCAUAAGAUGCUACUAAACGAGCUUAGGAUGUUUCUCGGAGACCAAGAAAGUUGGAGAACCCAAACUGAGCGUGAUCCUGUUGUGUGGUCCCUUGUGAUGGCUGUGGGGGUGUGCUACCAUGCCUGUUUGGAAAAUAAGGACAAAUACCGGAAGAAUAUCUGUAAGCACCUUGACACACACACACCUCUGAAAGUUUCACAGGAAAUUUUGCUCAUGCAGGACCUCCUUCUCAGUGGCUUUCCCCUCGGGGAUACUAUUGCUAGGAACAAUGCGUUGAAAGAGAAUGUGUUCAUGAUGGUGAUCUGCAUUGAGUUACGAAUCCCCCUUUUCUUAGUGGGGAAACCUGGGAGCUCAAAAUCCCUGUCUAAGACACUUGUAGCAGAUGCCAUGCAGGGUCAGGCUGCGCAUUCAGAGCUGUUCAAGAAACUGAAGCAGAUCCACCUGGUUUCCUUCCAGUGCAGCCCUCACUCCACUCCAGAAGGAAUCAUCAACACCUUCAAGCAGUGUGCCCGUUUCCAGGAGGGUAAAAAUCUGAGGGAGUACAUCUCUGUGGUAGUGCUGGAUGAGAUUGGCCUAGCAGAAGACUCCCCCAAAAUGCCCCUCAAAACUCUUCACCCCUUGCUGGAGGAAGGCUGCAUCGAUGAUGAGCCGCUGCCCCACAAAAAAGUUGGGUUUAUUGGCAUUUCAAACUGGGCUUUAGACCCGGCUAAGAUGAAUAGGGGCAUUUUUGUGUCCCGCGGUGACCCAGAUGAGAAGGAGCUAAUUGAAAGCGCAAAAGGCAUAUGUUCCUCUGACAGGAUGGUCUCAGAGAAGGUACGAAGCUACUUCCAGCCUUUUGCCAGGGCCUAUCUGAAUGUCUGCCGGAAUCAGGGGAAAGGUUUUUUUGGGCUGCGGGAUUACUACAGUCUGAUAAAGAUGGUGUUUGCCAUCGCCAAGGUCUCUACCUAUGAACCGAGUCCAGAACGUUUAGUGGAAGCAGUGCUGAGGAACUUCAGCGGCAAGGAUAAUGUGGAUGCAGUCAAGGUCUUCAUCUCCAGGCUGGGUAUUCGCCCAGACAUGGAGAGCGUCAGCGCCAUUGAGCUGGUGAGACAGAACAUCUCUGCCAUCGGCCAGGAUGACGAGUGCCGGUAUCUCCUUGUUCUGACAAAAAACUAUGCUGCUCUCCAGAUUCUCCAGCAGACAUUUUUCUCUGACCAGCGCCAGCCUGAGAUCAUCUUUGGCUCCAGCUUUCCCAAGGAUCAGGAGUACACCCAGAUCUGCCGCAACAUCAACCGGGUGAAGAUCUGCAUGGAGACAGGCCAGACCAUUGUGCUUCUGAACCUGCAGAAUCUUUACGAAAGCCUUUAUGAUGCUCUCAAUCAGUACUAUGUCUGUCUUGGUGGCCAGAAAUAUGUGGACUUAGGACUGGGAACCCAUCGCGUCAAGUGCAGGGUGCACAAGGACUUCAGGCUCAUUGUCAUUGAGGAGAAAGAAGUGGUCUACAAGCAGUUCCCCAUCCCACUCAUCAACCGACUGGAGAAACACUACCUGGACAUCAACACUGUUCUCAAGAGUGACCAAAAAGGACUCGUUGGAGAACUAGAGAAGUGGGUGGGACAGUUUGUGACCCUCCGUGGCCAGCACCACACAGCACAUACGUACCUCCCUCCUGAUGUCUUCAUUGGCUACCACUCAGACACCUGUGCCUCAGUGGUCCUACAGGUGACCGAGAGGCUAAAGGAGGAGUCCGAGGUGUCUGACUUCCCUCGACGCGUCCUGGAAGAGGCUAAGCUGAUCCUUCUGGGCUGCGCCACCCCAGAUUCAGUGGUGCGUCUGGACUGCACUGCCCUCCCCACGGGGGAGACUGAGCAGCUGGCUCAUGUGUACUUUGAGCAGCAGAAGCACAGCUCCCUGGCGGACUUCAUCAUCUCUCACACCCAGCAAGAGGAGUGGUGCCCUGCAUCUUUUACUGAGGUGACAACAUUCUCAAGACUUUUGACAGCAUCAGAUACAGGGCUUCUCCAGGAUGUGGCCUCAAACAUUGAGCUUCUUUCCCUGCAACAGUUUGACACCGAGCACUCUUUCCUCAAAAAGAUAAGGCAUUUCCUUGAUUUACCAUCUGGAUACAGAAUACUCCUUAUUCAAACAGACUUCAAUGAAGGCUCCCAGAGUGCACACCUCAUUGCUUCUGCAAAAUAUUCUGCAAUGAAUGAAAUAAAUAAAUCAAGAAAUGAAGAAAUGAGAGGGAAAGUAUUUGUGUACUUUAUCACAAAGCUUCCAAGAAUGGAGGGAGGGACUUCUUAUGUUGGAUUUCAUGGAGGCCCGUGGAAGUCGGUCCACAUUGAUGACCUCCGAAGGUCCAAGGACAUCGUCUCAGACAUCAAAGCCUUGAGAGGUUUAACUAUAAGUGAGCUCUUUGAGGACAAGGUGGAGGAACAUGAAGCAAUGGAAGAGGAGGACAUGUACACAGCAACAGAAGAGCAGGACAUGGAACAUUCAAAACACACAGAUGGUGGGGAGGCAAUGCUAGACACUACAGCACUGGUGCGGAGCUGCGUGCAGAGUGCAGUGGGCAUGCUCAGAGACCAGGGCGAGGGCGGAGCCCGCAGCACCAGGAGGGUGGAAAUCCUUCUGUCGCUAUUGGCCGACAGUGGGGAGCUGAAAGCUGCAUUUCUGACUGCCUUAAAGAGACGCCUCCACACCCUGUUGGUGACCAACGAUGGCAAAGCCUCACCUAAGAACUGGGUGAUCAUCGAGGCGUCCAAUAUCGAUGCCCUGCAGGAGGGUGGGACCUUCAGACACGCCCUGUGGAAACGUAUUCAGGCUGUUGUCACCCCCCUCCUGGCUCAGCUCGUCGCUGUUGCCGACUGCGACUACAACCUGGACCUCCUGCUGGACUGCAACUCGGCGGAGCCAGUAAGGAAGCUUUGGCUGGACAUCUUCAGCGAUGAGAAGCUACUGGAAGUUCCCUUCGCAGCCGUGGACCGCAACUCCGAGUCGAAGACCAUCCUGGUGCAGAGCUGCAUCACGGCCCACCUGGGCAGCGGCUGCAGCUUGCCUUUCAGCUGGAGGGUCCGAGACAUCCUAGAGGAGCUCUUGGUUCACGCGCAGCAGAAUGAAGGCCACACACUACAGCAGUUUGAGGAGUUCUUCAGGGACACUCCCCUGGGCCGGUACAUGGCAGAGGCUGGAGAAGAGACACAGAGAGAGUUUUUCCAGCGCUAUCUUCAGGAUUUCGUGUCCAUGACCAUGAAAGUGACCUCAGUGGAGGAGCUCCAGCUUCUGUCUACUGCCUUGACCUGCUGCGUCAACGAAUUGAGGAUCCGUCAGGAUGUGGUGGGGGAUGAGGUCAUCUCUUUGCCCUGGGUUCAUGCGGCACACCAGGAGUUUAAGAACCGUCUGCAGAACCUGUCCAGGAUGGUUGCCAUGGAGCCCAAGGUGACUCUGGCCCUACAGGGUCUGGAGAGCUCCAGGGAGGGUCCUGAAAUGGUGCUGGAUGUGUUUGCGGCCCUGGCCUGUGUGGAGCAGUUGGAGCCCACCGGGCUGGACGCGGACAGGCAUCAGCUAGCCUGGCUACGGCAGGUGAAGAGGUUGCAGGUGCCCAUUGAGCUGGUCUGCUCAGAGGAGAGCUGCAGGCGCUACAGCGAGAGGAGCCGGGAGUGGGCGCGCACCGUCCGGAAGAAGUGGAGCCGAAUCUUCUCCAUCUCUCUAUUUGUGGAGCACAUGCUGGUCGGCAUCAAGAGCGAGAAGCUCUGCCAACUGCUGUUCAGGCACACUGCGGGAAUAAAACGGGUUCUGGAGGCAAACUCGGACCUGAAAAUGGAACCGCCCUUCCUGGCGGUCAUCGAGAUCCUCAAGGCCUGCAAGGAUGGAGUGAAUGACAUGAUCUUCAAGUUUGGUCGCCAGCCAUGUCCUGUGUGCAUGGGCGACCCGCAGGACCCCAUAAACCUUCCCUGUGAUCACAUAUACUGCCUGGCCUGCAUCAGACAGUGGCUGGUCCCAGGUCAGAUGUACUGCCCUCUCUGCAAACAGGAGGUCCCUGAUGACUAUCGACUGACUGCGUCUGAGGACAUAAGGCGCCGCAUUGCCGUGUACGCCCAGUUCAGAAACCGCUGCAAUGGCUUCUUCAUCGACCUGGUCUCCACCGUCUGCUUCAAGGACGACGCCCCUCCUUCCCGUGAGGUCAUCCGGCGCCUGCUGUCCUUCCUCAUGGUGGUGGUGGAUCCUAUUCCCAUCAUCAGAGCUCGUAAUCCGGUGUACACCAAAACUCUGUCUCCAUUUGACGACUCGAUGGACAAAAAUCCUGUGGUCCGGUCAGUCAUUCUUAAGCUGCUGUUGAAGUACAGCUUUGCUGACGUGAAAGGCUACCUGCAGCAGCACUUGUUUGAAGUGGAACAGAGCAAAAUCCUGGAUGGAGGGGACAAGAGUGAACUUUACUCCCUGUUCAUAAAUUGUCUGGAGGACUCCAUGUUGGAGAGGACGCAGUGCCACACGGUCGCAGAGAGAACGGCCUGCCUGCAGGACGAGAGGAACUUCCUGCAGGACUUCCUGCACUCGGGCGGCGGUGUGGCGCGUCCCGCUGACAUAGAUCACCUGCAGCAGAUAGCCCGGGUUCGCCUGUGCCUGGACAUGGCCUCACAGCUGCUGGCAGACUCGCUGACCAACCCAGGAGCAAAUGAAGGUGCUCAGAAGGGGAUCCUGGCAUUCCUGGGCAGUGUUGCGAACCUGUGUGUGCAGAGCAAGAAUGACUGGUACCGGAUCUACCUGAUCCGCAAGGUGUGCAGUCUACAGGGCGUGGAGUUCGUCCAGAAGCUCCAGACCAUGGCCAAGUUCAAAUGGUUGUUUCCCGAGGAGAUCCUUCAGGAUCAGGAAAGCGGACAGAUGGACCGCUUCCUCGUGUGGGGAGAGGACUAUCGGGCCAUACGCGAAGCUGUUGCCAAAGCAACAAUGAAAGGCGGAACGGAAGGGAUAGAGGAGGCGUGUGAGCGGUGUAGAGGUACGCCAGCUAUGAAGACUGUGCUCCUGCUUCUGGCACUCUUCAGGGAAGUGACCACGCUCUACAGAACAACCAACGUCAGGCUCCACCCACAACCACAGUUACUCCAUGCCCUGGAGGAGUUCAUCCAGAGCUCCAGGGUGCUGGGCGGGCCGGAGGUGCGGGUGUUUGCCCAGGCCCUGGUGCACAACCGGCUGGGUGCGCUGACAGUUGGGGCCAACAGGCCGGCGGUGGAGCACGCCCUCGUUGAGCUCACCAUCCACCUGGCUGCCGUGCUGAUGUGUGGGAACCAGGGGCGGCUGGUCCCUCUCAGACUGCUGGCCCUGUCCCCCGCACGCAUGGAGGCGGCCUUCCUACCCACAAUGCCUGAGGACAUGCUCGCCGUGGCUCGCUCGGCAUUGGGAAACCUCACGUGGUACUAUUGUCCGAAUGGUCACCCCUGCUCUGUGGGAGAGUGUGGUCAGCCAAUGCAGACCGGACGGUGUCUGGAAUGUAAUUUUCUGAUUGGGGGAAGUAACCAUCGGCCUGUUCACGGUUUCAAUCGGGCUGAUGUCCAGGGCGACCGCACCAGGAGAGGUCACUUCUUGGGCGACCCAAGCAGGAGAGACUUGCCGGACAUGCUGGACACCAAGAGCAUGUCCCCUGCCCCCUUCACCCUGGUCAGGCUGCUCACACACAUGACCAUGCUCAUUGGAGCGUCUACACACCCACAGGUUAUAGCUCGGAUAAUCAGUCCCACCGUGGCGGACCCAGGCCCCUUCCUGAUUGGUCACCUGCAGAAGGACAUGGAGCAGCUGGGCCGUAUGCUGGGGAAGGGCACUGACGACGCGGUCAGCGUGGUCCACCUGACCGUCUGCAACCUGCUGGACCUCAACCUGCCCGUGCAGUGGCCUGUUCCCUACGACGAAGUCCUCUCCACCAAAGAGGCGAGGAAUGCCUGGGAGAUGAGCGUCGCGUCUGACAUCAUCGUCCCUCAGCUGAAGACCCUGGAGCGCCGGCUGAAGGAGGCGAGCGCCCUGAUCAGGACGGACUCGCGCGUCUCCUCCAGUCCCGUGAUGAGGGUGGUGUUCGGGGACCCGCGCCUCACCCUGCCAGGCCUGCCCCGGGACAGCCUGGUGCACUGCGGGGCGGUGUGGAGCUGCAGAGAGAGGGCCUCCCUGCACAGCCUGGCCCACGUGGUGGAGCAGAACGACGGGCGCGACGCCCUCCCGGUGCUCUGGAGGUUCCUGCAGAAGGAGCCGGAGCUGAGGCUGGUGAGGUUCCUCCCAGAAAUCCUGGCUCUGCAGAAGAAUUUGGUGAAGAAGUUCCAGAACGCCACAGACUUUUCCGCCAGGACCAUACGGGAAUUCAUCCAGGGCCUGGAAGCAGCCUCUCUCAAAGCCUGGUACGAGAAGCGGAUCAAAAUAUUCCUGACGACCUGGAAUCAGCUCAGACAGUCGCUGGCUACUAAAGGAGAGCUAAAGAUCCCUGCCGAGUUCUGCCAGACGGACCUGGACCUCAGGAGCGACCUCCAGGUGCUGUUGCCACGACGGCAGGGGUGGGGCCUGUGCGGCACCGCCCUGGUCAGCUACCUCAUCGCCCUGCACAACGAGCAGGUGCACGCUGUGGACAAGCUCACCGGGGAGGAGACCAGCUACACGGUGAGCCCAGCGGACCUGAGCGACCUGCACGUGAUCCGGUACGAACCGGAGCGUGACCUCCUGCCCCUGCUGCUGUCCCACUGCCAGUACAGCGUGGAGCGAGGCCAGGAGACCCUCUCCGAGUACGACCUCCCCAAAAUCCAGCAGCAGCUCCUCACCCGCUUCCUGCAGGGCAAGCCCCUCAUUAGUCUGGUGGGAAUCCCAACGCUGGUGAACAGACACGACCGGAACUAUGUAAACAUUUUCAAGGAUGUGAAGGAGAAGGUCGGACAAGAAGCCCUGCCUGCCCUCACCCUGGCAGCGUUGGCGGGGGAGCUGCCAGCGUACAGCGAUGUGUGUGAGGCUCUGGCGGUGGUGGAGGUGGCCCUGGGUUUCCUAGCGAUGACUGGCGAAGACCCCAACAUGCAGCUCGUCUGCUAUCUCGAGAAAGUUUUAAAGAUGGAGGACCAGAUGGCUCCCCACAUCCUAAAGGCCCUGGGCAGGUGCAGUCUGAAGCACUGUGCAGGCCUGUGGCAGCUCCUGGCAUCCCUCAAAUCAGAGAACAUGCUGCGCCUCAAGAGGGACCCUUUCGUGGAGGUCUUGGGGGUCUAUAAGGAGGCUCUGACUGAGGAGGAUAAGGGGUUUCUGACCGGGUUCCUCUCUAAGGGCGCUGUGGACACCUGCCUGCUGGAGAUGCACGAGUUCCUGCUGCUGGUCCUGAAGGGGGCCCAAGCCCCUGAAACCUACACGCCUUCCUGGGGACUGAAAGAAACACUUGAGGCGUAUAUCGAGCGCAAGGACGUGGACGUGCCCCCGGACGUGGAGCUCCUCCCUGACGAGAUCUGCCUGUCAAAGUUUGUAGAGGCGUGGAAGUUCCUCGUGUCCUUCAGACAGGAGCGCAACCGCCGAUGACACUGCCCGUGGCCACGCCCCCAUCAUUAAAGCUUAUCUUUACCACUUUUACCGUGCCUGCCCUUUUUGCUGUAGUACAUGUAACCUUAUAUAGUCAGCACACAUGUCAUUCUUGUGAACAUAAACUAAUACACAGGGCCGUGUACCUUAGUCUGCAGGUAGACGCUGCAAGACGGGUGCCUGUUGAAGUGCAAUAUUUCUGAACUUUUAAGCUUUUAAAAUAUAUCACAUAAUUUUUUCUGGCCUCCCAUGAAAAUGUUUUUGGAAGGCAAAGAAAAUCUUUUUUCUGUAGAAUAAUCACAAUCAGUUUUUUGCUGCCAUUUAUUGUGAACAUUGUAUCCCUUCAAGGCUAUAGGCUUUUGUUUGCACUUAAAAUACUGGAGUACUAGGAAAAUAAUAACCUGGAAUGUGCUUUGUGGGAAUACUGUUUGACUAUUCUUCUCAGGGAGUCCCAUUUUCAGUGGGGCAAAGACUGAAGUAAAAUUGUGACAUGCUCGUUAUAUUACUUAAUUUGUGUAACGGUGCCUUGCGUAUCCUGAAGAUUCAUCCGCUCUGAAGUAAACCGCUUUUGUUAACUUUAAAUUUAACCAAACAAUUGCAUUUAUUUCUGCCAUUUCCUUUUGCUUUACAAGGAAAUUCAUCCCAUGCUUCCUUUAUAACUGUAUAAUGAAUAGCUUUAUAACAUGCCUGCCAUUUUUACUAUGAACUCAUGUGUAGGACCAACCAGUAGUCUUAAUCAUUCCAUCUAUGCACUCCAGAAUGGCGACUUAUGUUUAAUAAAAUAUGAAGAGGCAAUCAAA